GCCACGGUGUGGCCACGUCACACCCCGAGCUGCCGUCAUCCGGGGGCUUGAACUUCUCUAAUAAAUAUCACCUUGUUACAGCGGCACGCUCCCAAUUAGUGCAACAGGGUGUUCUGUUCGUGGAGGAGGUCCGGGUUUACGCUUUUUUCGCAGUCUUUGCAAACUCACACCCAAAGUUACAAGAUGACCCAUCAGUUCCCCUCUCUCUCCCCGGAGCAGAAGCAGGAGCUGGCCACCAUCGCCCAGCGCAUCGUUGCUCCAGGGAAGGGCAUCCUGGCGGCGGACGAGUCCGUGGGCACCAUGGGAAAGCGGCUGCAGAAGAUAAGCGUGGAGAACACCGAGGAGAACCGCCGCUAUUUCCGCGACCUGCUCUUCUCCGUCGACCCCUCCAUCUCUGAGAGCGUGGGCGGGGUCAUCUUCUUCCACGAGACGCUCUACCAGAAGUCGGAGCAGGGUCUUCCCUUCCCACAGCUCGUCAAGGAGAAGGGCAUUGUGGUCGGGAUCAAGGUAGACAAAGGAACAGCAGCACUGAAUGGAACAGAUGGAGAGACGACUACUCAGGGUCUGGACGGCCUGUCUGAGCGCUGUGCCCAGUACAAGAAAGACGGCUGCGACUUCGCCAAGUGGCGGUGUGUGCUGAAGAUCUCUGCCGGCUGCCCUUCCGCCCUCGCCAUCGCUGAGAACGCCAACGUGCUUGCCCGAUAUGCCAGCGUCUGCCAGGAGAACGGCCUGGUCCCCAUCGUGGAGCCGGAGAUCCUGCCGGACGGAGACCAUGACCUGCAGCGCUGCCAGUAUGUCACAGAGAAGGUCCUGGCAGCUGUGUACAAGGCCCUGUCUGAUCACCACGUCUACCUGGAGGGCACCCUGCUGAAGCCCAACAUGGUCACCGCCGGACACUCCUGCACCAAGAAGUACACCCCCCAGGAGGUUGCCAUGGCAACAGUCACUGCCCUGAGACGCACUGUGCCCGCCUCUGUGCCCGGCAUCUGCUUCUUGUCGGGAGGUCAGAGCGAGGAGGAGGCCUCCCUCAACCUCAAUGCCAUCAACCAGACGCCGCUGCACCGACCCUGGAAGCUGACCUUCUCCUACGGCCGCGCCCUGCAGGCCUCUGCCCUCGCUGCCUGGCAGGGGCAGGCAGGAAACCGGCAGGCUGCACAGGAGGCCUUCUGCGCCCGCGCCAAGAUUAAUGGGCUGGCAUCACAGGGAGAGUACAAACCCUCGGGUGAGGCUGAUGAGGCAGCCAUGCGGUCUCUCUACACCGCCAGCUACGUCUACUAGAAAGAGCCUCAGAGCUGCGCCACCCAUGGGACCAAACUCUCGGCUCUUGCCCUACAACCCCAAGGAGCCUCCUCUGGGUACUUUCCACUCCUUUCACAGGACCACUGCAUGUAGGUAAACACACAUUCAGUUUGUACUGAAUACUGUUGGAAUAAGUCCUUCCCACAGUGCACCUCAUCGCACAUCCGGCAGCCUCCAGACAGGGUCCACAUUCCCUGACAGCCUGGCGCUGGGAUCCAUGUCCCUGAGAGAGAAUGUUA